GCAGUGGUCUGUAUCAACUCUGCUUUAUUUAUAACAACACCAGUGGAAGGAGCACGAGUUCACAUGAAAAAAAAAAGAAAAAAAAAAAACUUUGGGGAGGAGUGAAAGAGAAGAGGCAGAAAGCGCAGUAGACACACACCAGCUGACCCUGCAGACGCGCAGACAAGAGGAACCAGCCGAGUGAACUGAACACACGAAUGGACUACCGGAGGGGAGACACCACCAGUCCACCGGAAAACGUGACAAGAGGAAGAGCUGGUUGACAAAACAAGAGAUUUGGUGCCCUUGGAAGUACUUUCAGCUGUGCAGUUCGCUGGUUCCUGUUCUGAAGAGGAAGAGAAGUUAUGUAAACAAACUGCAACAGGUCUAAAAAGUUUUGCAGAAGAGUUGCGAAGAUACAGGCAAACAAUUGCUGAGAUAAUGGACACCCUUGCCGGAUGCUGAAGCAGAAAACGGAAGAUUGCCUAAACGUUUUGGCAAAACUAUCAAGAGGAAGAAAGUGAGCACAAAGGAAGAGUAAAAGAGGAUGUGUCUGUUGAAGGGGUGAGGGCGGUUGCGGUGGUUGUGGUGCACAGCGUGCCAGGGGCGGGGUCCGAAAAGAGGCAGAGCGAGAGAGAGCUGACAAAAAAGAAGGUGUGAACUGUUGAGGUUUUGAAUCGGAAAUUGAUUUGUUUCAAGAGUUAAGCAGCUGAGAAGAUACAGAGAGACAGUGAAACAAAGAAGAGUGGAGAGAGUGGACACCCUUGCCGGACGCUGAAACAGAAAACUUGACAGAGGAGUAGCUGGCAUAAACAUUUUGGCGGAAUUGGCAAGAGGAAGAAAGUGAGCACAUAGGAUGAGUAAAAGAGGAUGUGUCUGUUGAAGGACUGAGGGAAGUCAGGACGCACAGCUUGCCAGGGGUGGGGUUCAAAACAGGCAAAGCUGGCAUGGUGCUGAAACAGAAAUCUUGACCAAAGACACACAUUUUUGGUAGAAUUUGCAAGAGGAAGAAAGUGAACACAUAGGAAGAGUAAAAGAGGAUGUGUCUGUUGAAGGAGUGAGGACGUACGAGCUUAAAACAAGCACAAAACAAACAGAGAAAGAGCUGGGAUGGUGCUGACGAAGAAGGUGGACGCUGUUAAGGCACUGAAGGAUGUCUAAGGGCCAGGGACAGCUGGAGUCGGCGGAGGGGCCCCAGUGCACGGGGGCAGUAGGGCUACAGACGCUGCUGGAUCUGCUCGUGGGGGUCUACCAGGAGUUCUGCACAUCGCCGUUCGCAAGGGAGAAGUACGUGUCCGGGUUUCUGCAAUGGGCUGAGCCUCUGGUCCGACAAGUGAAGAGGACCAGGAUCAAGAGGGAGGACUUCCACAUCCUCAAGGUGAUUGGACGAGGGACCUUCAGCGAGGUGGCUGUGGCCCGGAUGCGCAGCACUCAGCAGGUCUACGCUCUGAAGAUCAUGAACAAGUGGGACAUGCUUCAGAGGGGAGAGACAGCGUGUUACCAGGAGGAGAGGGAGGUGUUGCUCAGAGGAGACCGGCGCUGGAUCACAGAGCUGCACUACGCUUUUCAGGAUGACAACUAUCUGUACCUGGUGAUGGAUUACUACGUGGGCGGGGACCUCCUGACGCUGCUCAGUAAGUUUGGAGAUCGCCUGCCUGAAGACAUGGCUCAGUUUUACCUGGCGGAGAUGGUCCUGGCCAUUGACUCUGUUCACAGACUGGGAUAUGUGCACAGGGACAUCAAGCCAGACAACAUCCUCCUGACUGCAGACGGACACAUCAGACUGGGAGACUUUGGCUCAUGUCUGCGACUCUCAGAGGACGGCCUGAUCCAUUCGACAGUGGCGGUGGGGACCCCAGACUAUCUGUCCCCUGAGAUCCUGAGGGCCAUCGAGGGAGGAGGGGGCUACGGCUGUGAGUGCGACUGGUGGGCCCUGGGCGUCUGUGCCUAUGAGAUGCUGCUCGGGUGCACUCCGUUCUACGCCGAGUCCAUCACAGAGACGUACGCCAAGAUCAUACACUUUCAGGAGUACUUUGAGUUCCCCCCAUCUGGCCCUGAGCUUUCGGACAGGGCUCACUUGUUCAUCACAGGCCUGAUCUGCGAGAGGGACGUUCGGCUGGGGGGGAGGGGCCUGAGCGACUUUAGGACACACCCCUUUUUCAGCGGUGUGGACUGGAGCUCCCUGCACAAAGCCUCGGCGCCGUACGAGCCAGAGGUGACCAACCCGACUGACACGUCCAACUUUGAUGUAGUGGACGACUGCCUCAGUGAAAUGGAGACCCUUUCAGACCUGAUGGACCCAGCUCCCAUGGGGGUGCACCUGGCUUUCGUUGGAUACUCCUACACGGCCACCAGCCAGACGGGGGCCAUGGACCGCAGCGAGGACAUCAUGCUGCAAAUCGACCACACACGGCUCAGAGAGUGUGAGAGGCUGUACACCCCCGACAAACUGAGGCAGCUUUGGCAGCUCCGGGGUUCUCUGCCAGACAACCUGAACGUCCUGCUGCAGCUGCCCGUGUCUCUGGGACAUGGACCGACUGUCUCCUCUAUGUCCACCACUGUGUCCACCAUCUCCACCACCGUGUGCACAACGGUGGCCUCUGCCCCCACUGUGUCCAACGAGUCCACUCAAACCACAGAGGACGAGGACGAAACCCACAUAUCUGCUGUUCAAGAAGACCUGCACAGGCGUCUGCAGGAAGCGGAGAGGAGGUGUGGAGAGCUGGAGCAGGAGAUGGAGAAGCUCAGAGGAGAACUGAAGGACUGUAGAGCCGCCAAGGCCGCAGACGAGAGUCAAAUUCACCUACAAGAAGGGUUGUCCCAAUCUGAUCACGUGAUCGGAAAUCAGGACCAAUCAUGUGACUGUGGACUCGAUUUGGACUCGGACGUUAUGUUCCAAUCAGAGCUGCCUGCACAAUGUAUGGACAGAUGUACAGAUAGGGAGAGAGCGCCCCCUGUCUGCCACUACCCGCUGGUGAUCCCUCUCCACAGGCACAUGGUUCUGUUUCACAGGGUACGCCGGCCACAGGUGAGGAGUGAGGGCUACCUUCUGGUGUGUUGCAGAGGGCAGGUGCUGACCAAAAGAGGGCGCUGUGACACUGAGCUCCUCUGCAGCGUGUAACAUGAACGACAGGCAAAGACUGUGAGACCUGCAGACGACACGUUAAAGUGUGUGUGGACAAACUCACAUCCAAAGAAAACUCUAACUCAUAAGGAGGACAUGAAGAGACGAGCUCUGAACUGCCUUAUGUCAACUGUAUACACGUAUAUACUGUAUAAACACGUACCGUAUAUACACGUAUAUACUGUAUACACUGCAAAAAUGUGACCAUGUGACUUGAAAUGAAAAUAUUUGACUUGAUUUAAGUAGUUUAGUUUGGAUUUAUUUAGCUUGUAAGCCAAAUUAUUUACUUGUUUAAACAUAUUUCUGACUGUGAAGUAGGUACAUUGAAUUAAAGGUAGUGUAAAAUAUAAAAUAUAGUGUUACCCAGACUACUCUCUAAUGUUUUUUUGUUUUGUUUUUUUCUCACUUUGGCACAUUUUCUGAAACUUUUCAUAAAUCUAGAUCUAAACCUUUUGCACACUUUGGAAAACUAUUCACACAAAUCAGAAUGUUGGAAAAAGUCAACUUUGUGAACCAAACGUAAAACACUUUUUGGUUAAAAUACAAACACAGUCAUCAGAUUUAUAAAUUUACACUGAGCAGAGAACGCUCCCACACUUUCAGACAUGCAGUGUGAGAGAGUCAGGCCUGUAGGAGCAGUAUCACACUGUUUCUGCAACAUAUGCUGUAAAAUAUGAGUCAACUCGGGUUCUACAAAAAGUGUUUUGUAAUUUUGACCUGAAAGUUAAGGCUUGAAAAUGGAGAUAUUAUUGCGCCAACAUGAAGUUAGUACAGGCUCUAUUCACGCUUACGUCACAAACCAAGAAGACGUUUGGGAACAUGCGACAACAACUUCUGGUGUAGUUCCCGACACUGAGCUCGCCUAACAUGGAUCUAUUAAAACCCACUGUGAUCAAACCAUAGACUGUAAAAAAGAAGUGGGCUAAGCGAGUGUGAUGUCACCCAUAGCUUUCAGCGCCGCUCAAAUGAGGCUCGCAAUGUUCACGGUUACAGGAGCGAAUCUGGGGCCAGGCUCUGUGUUAGGAAUUGGAUUUUUUUUGACGGACAAAAUAGCGAAAAAACAAUUUAGGAUCAUGUCAAGGAUCUCGGACUUCCGGUCAUUGCGCAAUGCAUACUGGGAAGGAUUUUCCGACAAAGUGAGCAUCAAACUGUCAGCAAACAUUUUGUAUGUGGAGCGCCAUUAAAGCGGGAUCCCAUUUGUUAAGUGAAGACGUACAGAAGACAAACAGGCUGAGCUCGCACUUUCUUGUUCUUGUGGUUUUACAGCAACAUUAAGUCUUGGUCGUUUUGCAGUGGAAGGUGUUUCUUGGCGAACAGUUGUGCCUUUCACUUUGGCGUUGACUUUUUAAAUUUGUAACCAAGGUUGAGCAAGGGAUCGGGAUUUUGCUUUGCUGGCACUCCACAUACAAAAUGUUCACUGCAAACUCAGGAUGAUUUAGGCAGUCAAAGGUUUCCUUUUUUGUCCUUCCUGUGGAUCAAUCCUGCCCAUCACCUUCGCCUUUCACUAUUUUUCAAUUCUGCUGGGAAGGGAAACAGUUUGAACGGAGGUUUGCAGUCACACAGAUCUGAUUCCCUUUUGCAAUUAUGGAGUUUGCAAACAAAUUUCUCGAGCCGUUUUCCGCAGUGAGGAUCCAACAACCACACAAUUAAUGAUGUUCAAAUCCCAAAACUAAAAUAUGACAAUAUCAGAAUCAGAAACAAUAGCGAUAUGGUUCAAAAGACUAGAAAAGAUCGGCUUUGUCAAUAGACACACCCACUGGGAAAACAAACAUGAUGGUUUGAUGCUCACUUUUUCGGAAAAUCCUUCCCAGUAUGCAUUGCGCAAUGACCGGAAGUCUGUAAUUCUUGAUGCGUCUAUUGGAGCCAGAGUCAGAAGGAGCCGGAAGAGCCUCCUGGCAAACUUUCUAUUUGGCACAUGGCGGCUACAGGAUUUGUCCACUCAUAUAUACAGUCUAUGGAUCAAACCCACUGAAGUAAAUGUGAUCAGCGGUAAAAUGAAGACUUCAGACGUAUGAGCUGUUCAGAAUCAUCUUGAACUUGUCACUCUCGUCUCUUCUAAUCGCAUGUACCCAGUGCUCUCGGAUUUAUGUAUCAGUGGUGAAAUGAUAAAAACUGAAGUACGGUUGUAAUUGUUGAUUAUCCGAACAUAACAGAACGCAACAAUGACAUUUAGAUGAAGAAGAAAACUGGGCCUGGGAAGUCGUAAUUGCAUGUUUCCAAACGUCUUCCUUGUUUGUGACGUAAGCGUGAAUAGAGCCGAAUUAGUGAACAAAUAAGCUGUUGUAAGAUCUUAUGAAGAAAAGAAAAUAUGAAGUGACACAUUUCUUCUUUUAUUUUCUCCAAAUUUACUUAUGCAUACAUAUAUAUUUUACUCAAAUGAAUAUUUUCAGCUCAAGUCGUUAGAACUACAGUGCAUGGAGUUGGGUGUUAUGGCAGAAUCUGCACCUUAGACUGGCUUGCACUGUGUAAAAGUGAUGUUAUUGUAGUUCAAAUGAAGGCACUUAUAAAAAUGCAUGUGGUUUAAAGAUCCCAUAUUAUGCAAAUUAGAUUGUUUUACGCAUAUUAAAACAUAUGUGGAUUAUGUUUUUGUUUAGUUUUUUUCUUAUUCUGCAGACGUUUCCUUCUCCAGGCCUGUACAGCAAAUCAUGACAAGCAACUUUAAUCCUCUCUACCUCCCCUUUUAUUGCAUUGCUGGAUUUUUCUGAUUUUAUAACCAUAUUAUACAUUAUUUAAAGUACUCAAACACAAUAUAAAAACACUAAAGCUGUCUGCAAAAAAAUCACAGAAAUAGCCUACAUAAUGCAUAAUAUUGGAUCUUUAAUAUUUGUUGUAAAUGACACUACUGGGGGAACGUGUCAGGAUUUAAAGGUGCACUAUGCUGCUUUUCUGUUUGGGGGGGUCCGUCACCUAGCACCACCUAGUGUCUCCGCUUAAUUUCAUUUCUCUCCAGCGACUAGGUCAGGAAUUGGUACACACUGGACGGUUUGCAAAAAUCCCAGAAGUGCAAGUCCGAGGCCCUAAGUAUGAAGCAAGAAAGUUUUCAGACAUAUUCAUGUGCAUAGUAUAGAAAUCGGUGUGUAUUUGGGAAAUUGUUGCAUAUUUGGCUGUAG